AUGCCUCACGCAGAACAAAACACCAUGACGACAAAUAGCAUCAACGGCGGGAAGGCGCAAUCCCACUUCAUCACCCACUUGACCUCGUAUCCCAUUGUCUCCGACACGAUCGCAGUCGUCAGGACCAACAAGUACGGCGCAAAGUCGUUGACCUACGUCGACGAGGGCUACAGCCGCUUUGCGAAGCCCGUCCUCCCCUACCUCUCCGUCCCAUACAGCUACGUCGCUCCGUACCUCUCGCGCGCCGAUGCUCUAGGUGAGCAGGGUCUGGUCAAGAUCGACGGCCGCUUCCCGAUCCUGAAGGAGGACACCGAUAAGAUCCGGGGAACUGUCUUCUAUCCGGUGGAAUAUGUGUCCGAUGUGAGAUCUCACAUCACCGACACCUACAACACCGAGUACAACAAGUGUGGUGGCAAUGGACUGGGUGCCCGCGGCAAGGCCGUUAUCACCACGGGCCUUCUCCUUACAUCGGGGACACUGAAUUAUGUGAGCCAUUGGCUGCGUGAGAGAACCGUGCAGGCCAAAGAUGCGCGGCAACUCCUACGCCUCCCCAGCAGCAGCAGCAGCAGCAGCAGCAGCAGCAGCAGCAUCAGCGCCCGCCCCCGCCAACGCAGACGCAACGCCAGCCCCUCCGACUCAGAAGGCUCCUACAAUGGCCCCAGCGCCCCCAGCAGCGUCGACGUUAUGGUCAAAAAGCUCGUCCGCCUCGCCCUGUCCAGCGAGUACGCGCGUCUGCCCAUCCGCCGCACGGAUAUAAGCGCCAAGGUGCUGGGCGAGCAGGGGACGCGCCAGUUUAAGCAGGUCUUUGAGAGCGCGCAGCAGGAGCUGAGGAGGCGGUUUGGAAUGGAGAUGGUGGAGUUGCCUGGGAGGGAGAAGGUUACUCUUACGCAGAGGCGGGCCGCGCAGAAGGUCGAACGACCGUCUGGCAACUCGAACAAAUCCUGGAUUUUGACGAGUACGCUGCCGUCUGAGUACCGCAAAGCGGAGAUUUUGACCCCCGCGCGAGCGCCCCUCGAGAGCACGUACACGGGGAUAUACACGUUCCUGGUAGCCAUCAUCUUGUUAAACGGCGGGUCGCUACCAGAGCAGAAGCUCGAUCGCUACCUCAGCCGAAUGAACGCCGAUACAUACACGCCCGUCGACCGGACAGACCGUCUUCUGCAGCGGCUUUGCAAGGAAGGAUACCUUGUGCGGACGCGGGAGAUGGACGGCGGAGAGGAGAUCAUCGAGUACAUGCUUGGGCCGCGGGGGAAGAUCGAGGUUGGCGCUGGGGGCGUUGCGGGGCUGGUGAGGGAGGUUUACGGGCAACAGGGGGCGGUGGAUGGUGGAGAUGAGGGGAUGACGGUGGGUGAGAGAAUUGCUAAUGAGGAUUUUGAGGCCCGGUUGGGGAGUAGUUUGGGGAUUAAGAGGGCUGCGAAGACGCAGGCGGAGAAUGGAGCGGGUGUGGGGAGUAGUGGUGGGGGGAGAUUGGCUGAUGCAGAGGGAGAAGAGCUUGGAAUUCACGGGACAGCUAGAUGCUGCUAG